AUGGUGUCACAUCUACGCCGCCCUCAUCCUUGCUCUCUGCACUGUUGUAUGCAGAAAAUUCUCGAUACCGUCCGGGACUCGGACGCGGGCUCCGGCCUGCUAGCAAUGAGCGCGUUGAUCUGGGUUGUGAGGCGGUUCCAGCACCUGACCGGCGACCUCCGUCGCAUUGCCACCAGCAUGGACAAGCCCACCGUCUCGGGGUUGAAGGCGCUGCGGAACGAGAUGGUAGCCCUCAUCAAGAAGCAAGUCCCGCUCAUACGGUCGGGGAAAACCGUUGUUGCUGCCGACGCCUGUGACGACGACGGCGAGGAAGUCCAUUCUGCAUCCGUACCAGUAGGGGUCGCCCCGAACGUCGCUGAUGCGCGUGGCAAGUCGGGAGUCGGCGUCGACGAGGCCGAUGCGGCCGCAAGAAAGGGGGUGACCGGGACUGAGGUUGUUCACGGGGAUGAUGAUGGGGUCCAGGAUCGCGAGGAGGAACGUGAGGGUGAGGGGGGCUCGGAGGAGUCGUCGGGGUCGAGGUCGGGGUCGGGAUCGGGGUCGGGCUCGGAGUCGGAGGAGGAGCAGGAGCAGGAGACGCAGGAGCACGAGAGGCAGCACCAGGAGGAGCAGUUGGUAGAGGUGGAGGACGUGGAAAUGGCGGAGGGGUACGUUGUCGGAGGAGCGGAGGGGUACGUUGUCGGAGGAGCGGAGGAAACGGGUGGGAGAUCGGCGGAUGUCGAGAACGACGAAGGGGAGGGGAAGGGUGCGACAGCGAAUAUCGGCGAGGUCGGCGUGGAGGCGGCUCACGGAGGUGGUGGCAUGGUCGAGGUCGGUGAAGGGGAUAACGCCGCGGUCCCGGAGCAGAGGGGCGUGGAUGUGCAUACCGAUGCCACCGCGGAGAAGGCCGGCGGGGAGCGGUCUAGGAGGAAGAAGGCGGCGAGCGGUCAUCCCGGUUCCACCGCGGCUGGGCGGCAGGCGCGGCUGGACGUCGUCGAUCAGCUGAGGGCGGAGAACAGGCGAUUGCAUGCAGACAAUGCACUCCUUGAACGGCGGCUCGGUGAGCAGACGGGGCGGGUCGACAGCUUGGCGGCGGCAUUAGCUGGGCUCCUCGAGAAGGUGAAGGGUUUGACCGCCCAGGUCGCCGACACCGACCGGAAAUCGGAGGAGCGCCUCAAAGAGGCCACGUCGACCAUGGCGACCACAAUCACCGAGGGCCUCACCGACAACAUGGACAGCGCCAUUCAAUCGGCCAAGUCCUUCGCCGAGCUAGCGAGGCAGACGCUGCUGGAUCUUGACGACCCCAAGGGACGAGCGGCGGUCGCACGCGCGACCGCGGUGAAGACAGUGACCGAGCACGUGACGGCGGAGGUGGGCGAGGCAAGGAAGGGGUUGGAGGAGUCGUUCAUCAAAUACAUCGGCGCCGCGCAGACCAACAUUGCCGCCGCCGUCGCACCCUGCCUAGUCCAGCCGCCGCCGCCUACCGGCCCAGCGCAGGCCUUGCCGGAAGAUUUCCUGAAGUCUUUCAAGGAGGACGUGCUGAAGGCGGUGACGGAGACCACGCAGCAGUCCUUCCUCGCCUCCGGACUGAAGAUAAUGGCCGAGGUCGUCGGCACGGUGGCGUAUGCUCGGCGUGGGUCGUCGCCGUCGGCAAACGACGCCGGCCAAGCGCAACCCACGGAGGGCUUGAAGCUGGGUCACAAGAGGCGGGGAGGCGGCGGGGGGGGCGACGGGGACAAUUCGGCGAACACGAAGCGGAGCAAGGGAGGCGGGGGGUCUGGCGGCGGGGGGGGGGGGACGGAGACGAUUCGGCGGGCGCGAGGCGGACCAAGGGAGCGGCUGGUUGGAGCGGCCAGCACGGGCCAUGGUGGUGGGGGUCCCGCCGACGAGCAUGCCACUGAUGACGCACUGCCAAUGGCUCCGCCUUCGGUCGGCGUUAAGCCACCACGACAGGGUAGCGGUGUGAAAGGCCUGCGCGACAAGGAGAAGGCCGCCGCCAAAACGGCCCCAGGCGGGUCCGCGAAAGCUGGCCAGGGCCCGAAGACAGGGGUUGCGGAGGCGUCAGCGGUUCCUCACCAGUCUCCCGCGGGUGCACGCCAUCCGACCGGACCGUCUGCCGGGCGACCUACCGACGUCCCGCGCCACGCCGACGUACCGUCUGCCGACAAGGUUGGCCGCGCGGGAAAAGGGGCGGCAGUUGCGGACGCUCUCAAGGAGCAGCUCAGGCUCCUAGCCGGCCACAGGGCUGUUCAACAGGCCCCCCCUGCUGUCGACAUCCCAUCGGCCAGUGGGCCACGUGUAGUGCCGGUCGUCGCCGCCCGUACUCCUACAGACCCAAAGUCCGCGUUGUUGCGCGCCCAGCUGGGCGCACUAGCGUCGACUGAGAGGACUCAGCAGGCGUCUGGCUCUGGCUCUAAGCCGUCGUCGGCGAAUGUCGCACCACCCACCCAUGUGGCAGCUGAUGUGGAGAAGGCGGCGGAGAAGGGCGUUCGUGCCGCGCUUGCCACCGGCGGCGGCGCCGUUGAGGAGGUCCCCGCAGACGCUGAUAUCGCUGCCAUACAGGCCCAUCUGGAUGCAGCCAAUCCCCGAACCUUGGCCAUCUCCGACACGGAACAUGUGGAGCCUUCGGCGGGACUCGUCGGCAUCGCGGCAGAGCCUAGUGCGACCGGUGAUGCGGUCGGUGAAGGAAAGUCGAAACGGAAGGGGAAGGCGGGCUCACAGAGGAAGACGCGGGAGAAGUCGAAGGUGAAGGCGGCGGAUAAACAGAAGGGGAUGGCGGCGGAGACGGCGGCGGACAAAGAUCGAGGCGGCAUUGGGGAGGUUGAAGGGAAAGGGGAGAAUCAGGAGAAGUCGUCCGGCGAGGGUACGUCGACGGGGAGGAAGGGGAAGGACAAGUCGGUCGGAGAAGGUGCGUCGACCGGGAGAAAGGGGAAGGAGAAGGCGGUCGGCGAGGGUUCCUUGAAGGGGAGAAAGGGAAAGAGGAAGGCGGAGGAGGAGGAUGAGGAUGUCGAGGAGGUGGAGGAGGUCGAGCAGGAGGAAGAGGAGGAGGAGGAGGAGGAGGAGGAGGAGGAGGAGGAGGAGGAGGAGGAGGAGGAGGAGGAGGGGAAGGGCAAGGAGAGGAGGGGUCAUGGCAUCCGACACGAUACCUCGGGCGACAAGCAAGGGUGGGUCGGCGAGAUUAAGGUGCACGGCAUCAAUCGAUACAUCGGCAAGUCGCGGGACAAGAUGGAGCUCGCGUACGUUCACUCCAUCGCGUACGUCGUCUACGACGGUUUCGUGAGCAAGGUGCUCAUGACCGAGCUCACCGGCUUGGACAGCGCCGAAUUGGAGAGGUGGAAGGAGGUGUGGGAGGAGGUCAGGAUCUUGCCGACAGGGAUGUGGACGGUGAUGUGGGCCCGGGGUACGCUCCUUCCAAAGAGACGGCUGACAGAGAUCCUCGACGCAUAUCGCCAUUACAAGUCCACAGGCGAUUGUCUCCACGCCGCGCUCCUGCCAGCGAUAUGGUACCUAGUCGAUGCUAGCACCGAGGAAGGCCGGGAGAAGUCGGCGUUCAUGAUGUCGGCGAUGAUAGGCCGCGUGUCAAUGUGCGCUGCAUAUGGGAAGACCGCUGCGGCAGCGGCGAAGAAGGAGGGAGACAAGGAGGAGAAGACGGAUAUGGCGGCAUGGACGUUAGCAGCAUCCGCAUGCGCUGUGUGGUGCUUCGUCGAGAACGGCGAUGCCCAGCUGGCGGAUGCUGUGGAAGAAGGGAAGUCGGCGGCGAUCAUCGGCGGAGCGAGCCAGGCGACCGCCGAUGUAUUCGGAAAAGUCAUGGAGGCGGUGCUGAAAGCCAAGAUGAACAGGGACCGCCCCCUGGGAGAGGUUGCCUACAACGUCGCGCCAGCACUCCAGAGGACCGCCCUUGAUAGGGUCUAUCCGGGGGGGAAUGCUGGAGUAGAUGCCGACGUUAUCGCUAGAGCGACGGUUGAGACGAUGGCGUUUUGGGGAAUGUGCCCCGUCGCCGGGCCGAAACUAAGAGCGAGGGACAUCGCGGUGCCGAUUGACGCGCAGAUGAAGGCCGAUCUUGACAACAGGGGGAGGAAGGGUCUGAGGGGCAAGAAGGGGACGAAGACCAAGGGCGGCACGGAGAAGGGCAAGAUGUCGAAGAAGGACAGCACGACGGCCUACUCGACGGCCUGCUAA